UGCUCGGCAGCGGACCAAUCAGCAAGGGGCUUUCAUGCGUUUGCCAGCCCUGGCUCAUGUUGUGGCUCUGGCAGGCAGGGUAUCGCUGGCAGUAAGGAAUGUGAGAGCUGCUUAUCCGGAACUCUCUCCCAUUCAGGCAGACGGGCUGCAGCCUCCUCUCCCAGCCCAGAAGUGCAGUGAGGGAACAUGCCGCUCCGCAUCUGCCUCCGCCCGGCUGCUUUAUUCUUGUCUUGCUGCCUGCUCCACAAUCUUAUUAGCAAUGCCGUUGCCUUUAAUGCAGAUGAUGCAAUUAAGUCGGCUCAGAAUAUUGAAAUUUAUUGUAUCAGUUUAUUACAAAGAUAUUGCUUGUUGUUUUUGCAGGAUUUUGGCCACACUGAAGCACAGAACCAUUAUACAUUAGAUGUGGGGGAGAUUGUUUUUGUGAUACAAAGUCAGAGCAAUUCUUUCCACAAGAAAAGAGCAGAAGACUUGAAAGAGAACAUUUUGAAGCAAGCGGCUGUUAUUAGCAAGAAACUGCCAAAAGUACUGCUUAUUGAUGAGCUUGAACCAAGUGAAAGUGCAUGGACUAUCUUUCCUGCCAUACCAUAUUUUUCAGAUACGUACGGCAGAAACUCAUCAUGGAUAUUUUUUUGUGAAGAGGAGACAACCAUAUCCCUUCCAAAGCUUUUGAUGACACUUCAAAAAUUUGAAAAGUCUAAGAACUGGUUUUUAGGAAGAGCAUUACAUGAUGAAGAAUCUACAAUAAUUCAUCAUUACGCCUUUACAGAAAACCCUUCAGUCUUUAAGUAUCCAGAUUUUGCUGCUGGCUGGGCUCUUAGUAUGCCACUCGUCAGAAGGCUUUCUGAUGUUCUGCUAAGAGACCCACCUAGUUCCGAUUUCACAAUUGACUUAAAACAUGAGAUUGCAUUGUACAUAUGGAAGAAACUUGAUGGCCAGGAACUUACACAUGUGAAACAGUUUUGCUCAGAAGACCCUACUUCAUCCAAAGCUGCUGAAUGUGCCACAGCAUUUAACAGUGCCCUGCCUGUCUGUGGCAGCCCAGUGCAGAAGGAGGACAUGUUUGUUGCAAUCAAAACAUGCAGAAAGUUUCACAAAGAUCGAGUACCUGUUGUAAAGAAGACUUGGGAAAAGCAGGCUACUCAUUAUGAGUACUACAGUGACUAUGCAGAUAACACCAUCCCUACAGCAGAUCUGAGAAUCCCCAAUGUGGAAAGAGGUCACUGUGGGAAAACAUUCGCUAUACUGGAAAGGUUUAUGGAGCUGUAUGUUGGGCGCAUGUCUUGGCUUAUUAUAGUGGAUGACGACACGCUGAUCAGCCUCCCAAGACUACAGAAGCUUCUCGGUUGCUAUAAUCCACACCAAGCUGUCUUUUUAGGAGAACGCUACGGUUAUGGAUUACAGGCAGGGGGAUACAAUUACAUUACUGGCGGAGGGGGGAUGGUAUUCAGUAGAGAAGCUGUGAGAAGACUAAUGAACAGCAAGUGUCGAUGCUACAGUAAUGAUGCCCCUGACGAUAUGGUACUUGGGAUGUGCUUCAGUAGCUUAGGAAUAACCGUCACCCACAGUCCGCUCUUCCACCAGGCACGGCCAACAGAUUAUGCGAAAGAUUAUCUCGCUCACCAAAUACCAAUCUCCUUCCAUAAGCACUGGAACAUCGAUCCCAUUAAGGUUUAUUAUAAGUGGCUCGGCCAAGAUGAAGAAAAACAGCAACAUGGACAGAAAAAUCUAAAGCAAGAAUUGUGAGCACAGCGGUUAUGCUUUCUAGUCACGUGACAUAAAGUGAGCCAUAGGACAUUCAAAUGCCAUUUUUAAUUUUCUGACCUCCUGAGAUGUUCUCUUUUUUUUAUAAUGAAUAAAGUUAAUUUGUGUUUACAAUUUAAA